AUGGGCCGCUUUUGGUUUCAAGGCCACGGCUACACCCAGUUAAACGAAGAGAUUGACAGGGCAAUCAAGGACGCUGUCGCCAGAAUACUGGCUGCCCUGAAGGAGGAUGAAAACUCUAUCAAGUUGAAUUACGACUACGUUUUCUAUCCACAUCUCUCGCCCGAACUGCUGCCUGCAAAACAAUUUAAUGACUGGAGUGUCAGCAGUCAGGCGUGUGCCGCGGAUGGUCACGUUCCCCUGCUGAUCCCACCCCCUACCAUGAUCCCCGAGGGUACUGUUAUGUUGCCCGAAACCGAUGAUGAGGAUGCGAGCGGGUGUUCGCCUGCAGCUGAUUCGCCAGUCGAUCGAUUUCGUGGUGCUCCCAUUCAGUCUUCUAUGACUCAGCUACCGGUUGACUACAACGUUUUGCCCCAACAUCAGAUACCAAUGCCUCCCACAUCCACCCACGAGUUUGCAGGCUGCGGCCCCACGCAGUACCCAAUGGGCCUUGGAGAGGGUGCCGAAUCAUUGCAGUCCUACGCCACUACCCAAAACCCCAACAUUCCAUAUGCUCAGCGGGAUACGGAAGUCUUCAUUACACUUAAGGUACCGGUUUAUGCCCAAUCCCUGCUCGCGCAGAUCGCCAACCAUAUGAACUCUAAAGUACGUCGAACUCCCAUACUGGUUGUACCGGGUGACGCCACCAGU